UUUCAGCCGUAAACCUCCACCAAGCCUGUCCAUUGAAGCCAUAAUACUCUACAACUUUGGAGGGCGACUGUAUCUAUCUCGCGAUGGAAAGAAACUGGUCAACCGCCGGCCCGCCUGACUUAAAUAAGCCGAUGCAAUCGCGGACGAUGCUUUCAUUUAUUUGAUAUGUAUAUAAAGGAAGAAUAAUCUGCAGAGAAACCACCUUUCUUGACCUACUACUACAAGAAGCAUUUUGACGAUAUGUUAAAGCGACUUGAUCUGGUAACUACAGCUCUUCUGGCCGUGACAGGUGUUGCGGGGAAGAUUACCUACUCUGAGACGAAUGACACCAUCACUCUAUCUUCUGAUAGAUUGACUCUGGGGGUAAAUAAGACGUUGGGCGCUAUGACAGGUCUUGAGUUUGACAAUGUAGAUGUCUUGGGUCCUGUGUCUGGCCGUAUUGGUAUGGGCUAUUUUGACUGCUAUUGCAUUCCUGCCGUAAAUACUUCAGUAUGGACACCGGACAACCCAAACCCACAAUCAUCUCGUCAUUAUUAUGUCGGCCAAUCUCAGAUGGCCAGUUUCGAAGUCCAUCAAGGGAAUGACAGAAACAAUAACCCUUGGAUUGGCUUGAUCAUGAGCGAAACGUAUGAGGGUACAGGUCAAUUCUUCCAGCAAUGGUGGUUCUUACGUGAUGGCGAACCUGGCUACCACACCUUUACUAGACUCCAGUUCGACAAUGGGACUGAGGGUAUUGAUUUAGGUAAUUUGCAAGAGUUCCGCCAAGUGAUCUCCCCUAAUAGCGACAUCUGGACCCAUCUUGUGACGAACGACGUCCAAUACGGUCAUCUCCCCUCUGAUGAAGCUACGGGUAACCAGACUACUGUUCAAGAUGCUACAUGGUACUACAACAUCACUGAAGGGAACCCCUAUAGAACCGAAUCUUCUGACUAUUUUACCAAGUAUGAAUGGGCAGAUCUCUAUGGUGAUCACUUUGCCCACGGUUUCUAUGCCGACGGAACAGCCUCAAAUGGUUCAACCCUCGGCUUCUGGACUGUGUUCAACAAUCUCGAAGGAUACACGGGUGGACCGUUGCGCUCCGAUCUAGUGGUUGAUACCAACAUCUACAAUUAUUAUGCCUCAAAUCACCGUGGUGCCUCAACUAUGAAUAUUACCUCUGGCUUUGAUAGGAUCUUUGGUCCGACAUUCAUCUAUUUGAAUAAGGACGGUGACCUUCAUAAUCUUUAUGACGAUGCAAAGAGUUACGCCAAUACUUCUUUCGCUGCCGACUUUUACGACGAUGUCGCCGACCUCAUUCCAGGUUACGUCAAUUCGUCUGGUCGAGGCGACUUCAAAGCUCAAAUUAGCUUACCGGAGGGUGCAUCCAACCCCAAAAUUAUCCUAGCGCAGAGCGGAGUUGAUCCUCAGGAUAAUGUGGAUUACACUGCCAAGCAGUACUGGACCAAUGUAUCAUCCGAUGGCAGGGUCACCAUCCCUCGUGUUCAAGCAGGCACUUAUAGAGUUACCCUUUACGCUGAAGGCAUCUUUGGCCAGUUUGAGCAAGAUGAAGUUGUGGUCAGCGCCGGUGACGGAGAUGGUGCUGAGUUCCGAAUCAAUUGGGAAGCCGAAUGUCACGGUAUCGAACUUUGGAGGCUUGGGGUCCCAGAUAAGACCGCCGGCGAGUUCCUUCACGGCUUCGCCAAAGAUCCCGACCAUACCCUUCACCAAGAAGAAUAUCGAGAAUAUUGGGGUGCAUGGGACUUCCCCACCGAUUUCCCUGACGGUGUGAACUACACGAUCGGCACCAGUGACCCUUCGAAGGACUGGAACUACGUGCAUUACAGCCGAUAUGGAGGCUCGUUUACCCGACCGGAGUAUGUAUUGGAUAACGUCAAUGCCUGGACUGUCAACUGGGUACCCGAAGGUGGGCUGGAUGUCAGUGGGAAGACUGCUGCUCUUACUGUCCAACUCGCUGGCGCACGAACUGCUUCCGGUAAUCUUGACUUACCCGAGCCGACUUCCAACUAUUCCAAUGUCGAUUACACUGUCAACGUGAACGGUAACCCUCUCACUUGGACCAUCCUUUACAAUCAGUCUUCAUCUUGCUCAGAUAGGAGUGGCAUUGCUUGUUACAAUUUGAGGAACGUGUUCACGUUCCCUGGAGAAUGGCUGAAGAACGAUACCAACAACGUGUUCGAGUUUGCUCUGCCUUACAAUGCUAGCGGUGGGGAUGUGAACUUCAGGAAUUACUCGAUUUCUGUUUUGUAUGACGCUAUCCGGCUUGAGCUCUCCGAUUAGAUGCCAAAUUUGAGCGUGAAAAGGGCUUUUGUACAUAUGUAAAAAAGGAUACUUUUCUGUAUCAUCAAAUGUCAGGGAAAAAGAAAUUGGAAGAAGUUUGAACAUUGUGUAAGAGCUUUAUAAUGAGGUAUUUUGUCAUGCAGAAAAG